GUGUCGUUAACUCGCCAAAUAAUCUGAAACGCUCCUCGGUUUUAGGACUGCAGAUGGACUGGUAUCUCCAAACCAUGUUUUUUCGUGAGUUAAUCCUGGUCGGAGACUCAAGAAAUAACUGUUACUGUAUCCGCUCAUUUAUUUGAGACAUAUGUAUACAUUGUUCACGGUUCAUUGUGUGCGCACGCGUUUUAAAACCUGUAUAGUUUGUAGGUGAGAAGAUUCCUGACGGAAGCAAAGUCCAGCCUUUAUUUGUGUAAAGUGAGGAAAAGACGCUGGAGGAUUCCUGUGCGGGGGGAAGCCCAGCCCGGGGCGGGGUGAGAGUGAGAGUGCAUCGGGGAAGAUGAGUUUCUAGAUCUCUUGGUGAGCAAACAACGGUGGAGAUAAAUUAAUCAAUCCCAAAGCAUAAGAGCGGUGAGUUGAAACUGGUCGCUAAACACCAGAACCGCACUAAAAGCGUGUCGCACACGGGAUGUAGGGACAGCGGGGAAUGUGCUUCCGGUAUCGGGGCGUGACGUGACGCGAGCCGCUGGGUUCCUCCAGAGCUGCGCCGGGGUGUAGAGAGGGACAGAGCGGGGAAAGAGAUGUGGCUGAAUCCGGCCGAAGUGUCGCUAAAAAACGCGCUGAGCCUCUGGAUCACAGAGAAAUCCAACGACUAUUUCCUGCUGCAGAGGAGAAGAGGACAUGGAGACACCGGGAGCAGAUUCGCAGGUAUGUUGGUGGGAGCGCUGGACACCGUGUUGGACUCGAACGCACGAGUCGCACCGUUUCGGAUCCUACUGCAAGUUCCUGGUUCGCAGAACAGCUGGGUCAUCGCCAGCGGAACCACAGUUGAAGAAGUUCAGAAACACUGGAACUGGUUGGACCAGAACCUGUUGCCCUACAUGUCUGUGUUUGAGAACAAACUGGACGCCGCAAGUUUUGCGCAAGGCAAAGUCAAGGGCCUGAUCGCCGAGGAGGCGCCGACGGGCCCGGCGUCGCCGGAAGAAGACCCGACCCCUUUCCGCGAGGCGACGGCGCGAUUCGAGCAGAGGUUCGGCCUGCCGCCGACAGAAAAACUGGUGGCUCAUUAUUCUUGCUGCUGCCGGAAAGGCAGAGUGCCACGUCAGGGCUGGCUCUACCUUUCCACCAAUCACCUGGCUUUCUACUCGUCCAUGCUCGGGAAAGAGGCAAAGCUGCUGAUCCCGUGGGCGGAAGUCACGGCGCUGGAGCGCGCAACCUUCGGCCUCGUCAACGACGCCGUCCGAGUCCGAACUCGGAGAAAGCGGCACGAGUUCUCAAUGUUCCUCGACGUGGAAGAAGCGACGACGGCGAUGACACAGUUGGCAGACACGGCGCUGCGCAGACUCUUUGACGACGGCCGUCCGGCUUCCGACGUCACAAAACGGGACCUGGAGCAGCAGGCUCUGCGCCAGUACGUGCUCUCGCUCUUCGGGCUCCCCCGUUCCGAGACGCUAAAGGAAGCCAUGCGAUGCUCAGCCUGGACGCCUCACGCCCGAUGUCACACGGCCGGGACUCUCUACGUCACAGAAAAUUACAUGGCCUUCAGCAGCCUUCAGGAGGGACACUGCACCCUCCUCAUCCCUUUCACCGAGGUGCAGUCCGUGGAGAAAGCGGAGAGCACCAGCGCUCUGCCAAACCCCGUGAUCAUCAGCGUGCGCUCCAAGCGCGCUUUCCAAUUGAUCGAAGUGGCUCACCACGACCGGCUGGUGGACGACCUGAACGCUCGUCUCAGAGCCACGCCCGUCAAAAACACCCAGGUUUCCUCUACCCCGUAUUACACGUUUUGCUACGACACGGACGAGACGGCCCGUCCUGUGAUUCUCGAGGAAGCGUUAACGGCCACGUUCCUGUCCGGCCGAUCGGAAUCCCCAGAGCGCAGGCGCCUGUGGGAGGAGCAUCUGGAGGAGUUUGGGCGCGGUGUGCCCGCCUUCCGCACAGAAAAAACACGAAAACUUGUGGCCGCGGGCAUCCCAGAGUCGCUGCGAGGAGAGAUGUGGCUGGCCUUUUCAGAGACGCGCUCCUAUCUGAACGACCGCUCACCCUCUUACUCCGACCUGCUGGCGGCGAGGUCGAACGAGCAGACGAGCGACGAGAUCGAGCGAGACCUGAGGCGCUCGCUGCCCGAACACGCCGCGUUUCAGAGCGAGACCGGCAUCGCGGCACUGCGGCGCGUGCUUAACGCCUACGCCGCCCGCAACCCGGCAAUCGGCUACUGCCAGUCUAUGAACAUCUUGGCGUCGUUCUUGCUGCUGUACACCAGAGAGGAGGAAGCGUUUUGGCUGCUGGUCACGGUGUGCGAGAGGAUGCUGCCCGAUUACUUUGACCGCAGGGUCAUAGGAGCUCAGGUGGACUGCUCCGUGUUCGAGGAGCUGAUCCGCGAGCGGCUGCCCCACCUGGCCGAGCGAGUACCGGACCUUACGGCUCUCUCGUCUUUGUCUCUCUCCUGGUUCCUCGCCCUGUUCCUCAGCUCCGUACCGUUCCGCAGCGGCCUGCGCGUCCUCGACUGCUUCUUCUGCCACGGAGCGAAAAUAAUAUUUCAGCUGGGGCUCGCCGUGCUCGACUCGAACGUCGAAGAUAUUUGCACCAGCACCGACGACGGCCAGUCUCUGAUGAUUCUAUCCAGUUUCCUGGAGCGCGUCCGAGACGACGACGAAGAGGAGGAGGAGACCCGGCGUGCGGGACGAGCGCCGAUCCAGAUGACCGGUCUCCUGGCCUCCGCUUACGAGAAGUUCGGCGACCUGACCGUCAAGCGGCUGGAAAAGAUGAGAUCGAGGCACAGGAUCCGGGUGCUUCAGGCCCACGAGGACACGGCUAAAGAGAACACGUUACGGCUGGCGUCGUCCGGACUGUCCCUGUCUCGAGAGGACCUGUCGGAACUCUACGAAGUCUUUAAGACGGAGCAUUUGACCGGAUUGUAUCGGGGAGACGGAGAGAGUUCCUCUCGCGCCGAAGGAUACCGACUCGACAGGGUCCAGUUCGGGACCCUUCACGAACGGUUGAGUCCGUGGCCGGGCGAAGCCCUGGCUCAGAGAACCUUCGACCUGCUGGACCCCGAAGGAACGAACUUUGUCUCCUUUGACGGGUUUGCGCGAUGGAUAGAUACGGUGUACGGCGACGACCUGACGGAGAAGGUGCGCCUCCUGUAUCGGCUGCACAUUUCCCCUGGAGAAGGAAGCCGGAGCACGGAGAGUCUCGGUGGGUGCAUUGUUGGAGGGGCAGGAGAGGGCGGGAGCUCGAGCGAGCUGCUGCAGCAAAUGCUCAGGGAGGAGUUGGCCAAGGCUGAGCGUAGCAAGGAGCUGUUGCCUGGCAUGAAGCAGCACGAGUUCAUUCAGUUCUGCAAGACCCUCUGCACGAUGUGCCACGACACUCCCGAUGAGAACGAACUCAUCCAAGCGGUAGGAGCGGUCACCGGGCUGGUGCUGAGAAUCGGAGAAGCCGCGCACAAGAACCGGGAACCGGAGGAUACCCGGGAGCCUUCGGACGGGACGGUGACUUUUGAGCAGAUCCUGGCCUCUGUUCUAACGGAACGAGCGCUGGUCGACUUCCUGGAAAUGCACCCGGACCUGGGCAGCAAGAUUUCCUCCGCUAAAAAAACUCUGGAUCCGUGCGGUUCCUGACGCACACGCUUGCCGUUCGACUCGAGCCGGAUCCGAGAAGCCGUGUGACUCGUGCCGUGUAACGAAUCUUUGCAAGAAUAAUCUUAUUGAAGGAACUUUACACAAAAUUUAUUUACUUUAAAGCCAAAUUUCACAGGCAACUCACAGAUUUGAAGUUUGCACUGAGCCGCACCAUGCGUGUGACUGAAAUCGACACCGUGCAUGUAUCUUAUUACAAGGACAACCUAUGCCACAUGUUUGAUACGUGUGGGGAAAAAAUGUGAAAACAGCUAUUAGUGUUUUUAAACUCUUGACUCGCAUGUCGACUCCUCUCGUACAACCUAGACAUGCAAACUGAAUGUAAUGUAAUCAGCUUUUUAUUUUUAGUUCCAUUGUUUGCACCUACAUCAUUGUGGACAAAUUCAAUCAAGUAUUAACUUAUGCAAGCGUUAGAUUACCUCCCAUUUACUGUACAUGACCACUUUAACCCACACCACUGUGCCUUUCUGUUCUUGUGACUCCUUCCCCAUAAAUAAACACUCACCAAACCUGCA